AUGAAAGCAGGUUUUAUGAACAUGAAUUCCAGUGACGUCGAAUAUAAUGAUGAUAUGCAAUUUAUUGAAAAAAUAAGAAAAAGAAAUGUUCAUAUAAGUGAUGAUGAUUUCGGUGCAUUUGAAAAGUACACUAAAGUUGUUAAACCUCAAGGUAAAGAUGCAGUUGGUCGAUAUGGCAAUGAAGAUCCAAAUCGUGUUAUGCCUAGUCAAGAACCUGUACUUGAUAGAUCAAUACGAACAUCGAAAAAAAAUUCUCGUCCGAGUUUACAACAACGAGUAGUAAUAUAA